AAGAUCGGACAGGAUGAGCGGCGGUUUGUUUGGUUAUUUCUUGUGGCAGUGAGUUUAGACGUAGACGGAGAAACAUAAUAUAUUGUAUAUACAUACAAAAACAGCUAAAUAAACUCAGUCUCUAAGACAUUUGACCCGGGUUUCGGUUACAAAGGCAAAACAGCGCGAGAAAUGUUAUCUCCCCGCAAAGCCUGCUGGGUAUUAUGUUAACGACAGACCUGCGUUGAUUGGUGCUCCGAGGCGCGUGGAGCCAAAAUAAUCACAAGAGUAAAGAAAAUAAAGACAAACAGGAUUUCUAUUGAAGGAGGACAAACACACAAGGAGGAGACGGAGACUGUGGAAUGUCAAACAGCCCUACACGUAAGACAUGGCUGUCUCUCUGUCAGAGGAAAGAGACAGGAUUCAGAGAGAGGUGGAGAAGCUGGAGCAGAGUCUGUCUGGACAAAACACUGACCUUCAGCUGCUGAGCAGUGAUACAGAUGAUGAAUCAGAAAGUGAUGAGAAAGAAGAUGAGUCUACAGCAGGCCUGUUGGCUCAGAGAGAAAAGAUCCAGAAAGAGAUUGAGAACCUGGAGAAUGUCCUUGGACCGAAUAGUCCAGUUUGUGUUUCAGGUAAUGACAGCAGCAGCAGCAGCAGUGAUGAUGACAGCGAGCUGGGUCUGUCUCAGUCCGUGGAAUCCUGUCUUCAGAUGAACCUGGUCUACCAGCAGGUGCUUCAGGAGACUCUGGGCCAGCUGGAGACACUACUGACUCACAAUGUCAAACAACAGAAGGAACUGGUAUCUCAGUUGUCUGGACCAGUCAAAGUGCCUCCCAAACAACAGACUACCUCCUCUUCCUAUCAACCGCCAAACACCAUGUACUUGGGACACUUUCUUAAACCUUACUUCAAGGACAAACUGACAGGACUGGGUCCCCCAGCCAAUCAGGAGACAAAGGAGAUGGCUAGCAGGAUGGCAGGAUGUCUGGACGAAAAUAAAGUGAAAAUAAAACGAUGGGAGAGUUGGCAGAAAACACUGAUAAUCCAUGCAGUGUCCAGAGACAGUUUGAAGAAACUGAUCCAGCCCAAACUAUCCAGGGUGGAGUACCUGACUCAGAAGCUGUCCACAGCACCGGAAACAGAUAAGCAGCAGCUCAGGGAGCAGAUAGACACUUUGGAGAAAGAAAUUGACUGUCUCAGAAAGAAGAAGGAGGAGGAGCUUAUUGGUGAACGAUUUGAAGAGCAUGAUUGGCAGAAAAUCUCUAAUAUUGAUUUUGAAGGGACAAGAGACGCAGAGGACAUCUGUUGUUUUUGGCAGAACUUCCUUCACCCUUCCAUCAAUAAAGCAAGGUGGAGUCAGGAGGAGGUGCAGCAGCUCCGGGAAAUCAGCAGUAGACACGGAGAAAAAGACUGGAAGACCAUCGCAGAGGAGCUGGGGACGGGAAGAACAGCCUUUAUGUGUCUUCAGACGUUCCAACGUUUUGUCUCAGAAUCGUUGAGACGCAAAGCAUGGUCAACUGCUGAAGACACUCAGCUCAAAAAGCUGGUGUACAAAAUGAGGAUCGGAAACUUCAUCCCUUACACCCAAAUGAGUUACUUUAUGGAGGGCCGGGACCCCGCUCAGCUGAUCUACAGGUGGAACCAGGUUUUGGACCCGAGCCUGAAGAAAGGCCCAUGGACCAAACAGGAGGACCAGCUCUUGCUCCAAGCUGUCUCUCGUCAUGGAGAAAAGAACUGGUGGAAGAUCAGGUUGGAGGUUCCUGGACGUACUGACAGUGCCUGUAGAGACAGAUAUAUUGACUGCCUGAAGGCAGAAACAAAGCGAGGACCAUUUGAUGAACAGGAGAGAAAACUGCUGCUGCAGCUGGUGGAGAAAUAUGGCGUUGGUCGCUGGGCCAAAAUUGCUGCUGAGAUACCAAAUCGUUAUGACGCUCAGUGUCUGAGAGCGUGGAGGAAGCUCAGUAAAGAGCUAUUACCUCCUGCCCAGAAAAGAAGAAAAUCCAAAAAUCCACCAAAGAGUGAAGGAGGAGUGAACAACAAGAAACAGACCAGGAGGAAACCAGUGAAAAAAAUGGUUGAGGACAGCAGUGAGGAAGAGGAGGAGGAUAUGGUGGUUGAGUACAUGGACAGUGAUGAAGAAAUGAAGGAACAUCAGGGGGAUGAAAAUUUGGAAAUGAUUGAAGAGAAGGAGCAAGAAGGGGAGUACACGUUCCCUCCCAUUGAUGAGUGGAUUCCAAUAGAUAAAGAAGAAUAUUUACCCUUUCUGAGCUAUCGUCCAGUUGUGUUACCAUCUACUUGUGACAGCCACAGUGGGGUACAAGUCCGAUCGACUACUGUGGGCAAGUUUGGACUCUCUGAGUUCAUCGGACCAAGGCCCAGAGAGCUGCGAUGGGAGGAGCGUCACAUCAGCAACAGCAUGAUGAUGUUGUCACCUACUCAGCUCAAAGCCUACCUGAGCUAUGAACUGGCCACGAGCAACAAACAGAGGUCCUGUCCCAAAGGCAAACGUCAGACGGGAAGAAAAAACCGUUGUAGCCAUAUAGUGGAUGCAGAGAUGUGCUCUCAACUUCAGGCUGCUGUGAUCCCCUGGAUCGGCAACCUGCUGAUCCCAUCAAAAACCAGCCUGACAGCAGCAGAUACCCUGAGGGAGCAAGGAGAGAAAAGAAAGCUAUCCUCCACUUCUGUCUUUGUGCUCCUGCUGCAGACCAUGAGUGUGGACACCAUUGGGUGCAAGGAGAUGGUAGAAAAGAGAAAAAAGAAGAUGGUCUUACAUACUCAACCUGCAACGCCUUCCUCUGUUCGGAGGAGGGGUCCGCAGACUGUUGCAGAAAUCGUAGAGCAACAGGUGGCGUUGGAUGAGAUGGAUCAACAGCACAAACUGAUUCUGAAUCAGUUUGACUUUUUGCAGCUACAAAAGCACCAGAAACCACUGCUGCUCAAUCAAAAGGUACAACCACAGCGACUCAUAAUGCUGCAGCAACGACACCCAGUUCCUCUUCUUCCCCCAUCAAUCCGUCCAAGGAAUCACCCGGGUUUUCUUCAGAUGUCUCCUGGGUCAUGUCCUCAGGCUGUCUUUAUUCCUCAUCCCAUCCUCAAACCUCAGCAACCUUGUGCUGCUACCCUCCAGAACAUACCAUCCUACUUCCUGAACACAUCCCCUUUAACUCUACACAGACCUCCUAUACAUGCAUCUUCUACUCCUCAACAACUGACUCUUCGUCCUGUGUCUAUGGUCUCAACACUUCAGAACACAACACCUACCAGCUCCUCCUCGGUCCUCCAACAGGCUGUACCAUUGCCUCAGGCCCUCAUCCCUAACCAAACUGUUUCUACUGGUUCCACAAUGGUCAAUCAAACCAAUACAACCACUUUUUCUAGCCAAUCUUCCCAACCCUCCAUUCCUCCCAACGGCAGUCUGAAUUCACCCAGAGAGCAGAAGGAGAUAAAUAAUCAGCAGGUUGUUUGCUGUAAUGACAUAGAUGGGACACACGCAGGUGUGAUGAAGGAGGCCAGAGAUCUGCAGCAAGUCACUAAAACAAAGGCUAAACCCCAGAGGAAAGCUGCUUCGUCUUCCCAAAAGAAAGCCAAGUCCCACGACAGAAGCUCUCCUCCUCAGCCGCUUGACGCUCCUUCCAUCCAUCCAGCAGCUCAGACUGCACCCUCCUCUCUGGACACACCUCCUGUAUCUCCUCAAAGACCUGCCUCUGCAGAAGUUAUCAGUCAGGCUUCUUUUUCAGACCAAACUGAACCUGGUUCACUUGCACCCCCUCCAGUAAGAGAAACUGCAGUGAAUAUUCCUCCCAUGUCUGUUGACUUGCCACUUUCCUCUUUUCAUGGCGAAGGAUCUGCAACUCAAAACCUCAGUUCUCCCCAAUCUACCUCCUUAUCAACCAAUCAGCCCAUUGCGUCGUCCACUUCAAGCUUCAAUGCUCCUUUACACUGUGACCAUGACUACAUUUUCAAUCCUGACUCUAUUCCAAUUCACCCAAGCCCCACCCACAAAGACACAAAACCCAUGCACUGUAAAUCGGGCACCGCCCCAAGCACGCUCCCCAAAAGUCACAGCAGAGGGAGGAAACGAGGCAGAGGGGAGGAGCAGGGCAGUGUGUCAAGCAUUCUGGUUGACAAAAAUCUAGGUUGGACAGGUGAUGCCAGCAGUGGGGCUGACACAUGUGAGACCCGACCUGGGAAAAGGGUUCGGAAGCCCAGUCAGAAAGUCAGAGAUCUGCUGAAAUUGAAGGCUGACGCCAUGAAAAACAAAACAUCUUGCAGGACACAACACACAGCUCAAUCUACAGUUGUCAAACAACAGGAGACGCAGCAACCUGGGUUGCAAUUACAACCUGGUCAGUCAAAGUUGGUCAUGACGCAUGAAGGACUUGUCCAGCUGGCCGAAGGAUCUCCCCAAGGCAUGCAACUUGCAUUGGUCCAGAAAGUCCCCAUAUUACCAUCUAACCCUGUGAAAUCAUUAACCAAUCCACUAGCCACACCCACUUUGCGAUUUGCCUUGAACAGUCAGAAACCACUUGCACCUCUUGCAGCAUCUGGCCCUAAAAUUAUUAACUAUCUGAAUCAGCCACAUACCUCUAAUCCCCUCCCCCAAACCUUAGUCAUUCAACGUAUCCCAAGCUGUGGUUUGUCCUGCCCCUCUCCACCUUCCUCCCAGUUCUUUCUGCCUUAUAAAGGUGUGGUCACAGGAGACCCGGCAGAGCCUCCUUCUGUCAGGAGAGAAGCUCUUCAGUUUGACCCCUCUUUGAUGUUCCAGGAGCCACCAGAGGCAGUCCAGGAUUGGCUGAGUGGAAACAAAGGGGUAGUGGUACCUGGAUUGGGUGUGGCUUUGCCCUACCUGCCUCCCUUUGUCAGCAGUCUGAGCACACUCACUGCUCUACUGCAGGCCAAAAAGUCUCUAACUGAAUCAUCAAGACAGUUGUUUCCUGAACCACAAUACCACAAAACUAAAUCCAGACCUGGGACUGGUACUGAGAAAUCCCACAGUCAACUUCCACCAGUACAGCCAGACUCCACCUCUGACGUCAUACCAGCCAUGAACCAACCAGCUCCUUCUCUCAGCUCUGAUCACCUGCAGGGCGAGGAGGGGAAGGAGGAGGAAGAGCAGCUUGUGGCAGCAGUGCGUCAGCUUGUGACAGAGCGUUUCUCAAGUAACCCGGCCUACCAGAUGCUGAAGGCCCGCUUCCUGUCGUGCUUCACUUUACCCGCCUUGCUGGCCACCAUCCAGCCAAUGACAUUUCCUGAAGUUGAGCAGAAGGAAGACGAUGUGGAGGAGAUGGACCCAAUAAAAAUCAAUGACAUGGGGAGACCGAGAAAUCUUGAUUUGCUGCGUGAUGAAUCAGGAGCUCCAGCCGUUCAUUUCUCAGGAAUCACCGACACAGCCACCCUUGACCAGACCAGACCAGAUUUAGAAAUUAAAUCACCACUGUCAAAAAAAACAAGAAAAACAAGAGAGAAUAAAAGAAAUAAUAAGAAAUAAUGAAAGAAAAAAGAUUCACACAUUGUAUUAGAUUUCAGUUUUUAUUUAUUUGUAAUUUCAAUGUUGAAGUUAAUCAGGUGUUGACUUGAAUUUAAAAGGCACUUUAAGUUUUGGAAAACCAAAAACUUGUAAGAUUAAAAAUACUCACAUUCUUAUCAUGGUUCAGUUUCAUAUGUUUUUAUACUAAUGUAGCAGAAGUAAAGAAAAAAAAGAACAGAACAAACUUUUUAAGUAGAUAUUGUGCAACAAAUAUGGCUUUAUUUUUGAAAUAGCCUCUCUGAAUGAAAUGCUCUGUUAUUAAGAACUUAAUAUUUUGAAAUAAAGAGUCUGAAUAUA